AAUCCUCUCUCUCCCCACUUUCCUCUUUUCCCCAAUCUUUCCCCCCAUCUCUCUCUAACUUUCUCUCUCUAAAACCUCCAUUGCUGAAGCUCAGUUUCAACUAGCAGUGGCCAUAGCUCAGCUCCGGCUUUGCCCGAUUCGGCUCCACUUCUCAAUUUCUUAACACUUAAUCAAUUAAUUAUCUAUUAAGUGUUAUGUAUCCAUCCUCCUCGUCUUCCUCAUCACACAACUCCAUUCCCUCCUCCUCCGGCGGCGGCCUCACCCGCUACGUCUCCGCCCCGGGGUCCCUCCUCACCACCGCUGUCGACUCCGUCAUCAGCGGCGCCCACCGCGACUUCGCUUCCCCCCACCAUGCUCCCCCGCACCCUCACCCGCAACUCCAGAGGCCGCCACCCGCGCCCUCCCCGUUCGGCCAGUACUACUUCUCGGCGGAUUUCGGAAUAGACUCUUGGGAGAACGCCAAUUCAAUCGUUUUUUCAGCACCACCAGGCAAGCGAGCUAAGAAUAUCGACGGAGAUAGUUACAGCUUUCAGCCGCUGGAAACUCAGUUUAGCUUGCCACAGACAACUCUUGAGAUGGCCACGGUAGAGAAGUUGCUUCAAAUCCCCGAAGACUCUGUGCCAUGCAAAAUUCGGGCCAAGCGUGGCUGUGCAACUCAUCCACGGAGUAUUGCUGAAAGGGAAAGGAGGACCAGAAUAAGUGGUAGGCUGAAGAAGCUACAGGAGCUUGUCCCUAACAUGGAUAAGCAAACGAGCUACUCAGACAUGCUGGAUCUGGCGGUGCAGCAUAUUAGAACCCUUCAAACUCAAGUUCAGAAGCUUCGACAAGAGCUCGACAACUGCACUUGUGGAUGCACACAGAGCUCAUAGCGAUGGCCUUUUCGGGAACUAUUUGGACGGUUGUGAAGUAGAAGCUUCCGGGGCUACUUCUUGUUGUAACCUAGCAAACUUGACAAAUCUUUGUUUUCCGGUUAUGUGCUCUUUCGUUUUUCCGGAUUAGGCCAAAUAAUGCAGGAUAGAACCCGCAUACUGUAUAUAUCUAAAAGCUGAAAUGUGGCAUUUUGCAGUCGUAGGGGGUGAGGAAAGUUGAGCUGAUCUGUCUGAUCUCUUUCAUUUUAAGGGAAAUAUGUAAUGGAGUUUGGCUUGACUUUAUUGUGAUUUUUUCCUUUUGUAGUUUGAUUAAACUUUUGUAGCCCUUUUGUAUACUCUCCCCCCUCGUCUACCCUUUAACAUUUUGUUUCACUAAAGGAAAUAUUGGCAGCUAGUCAUGUAACCUGCGCAGUGCAGGCGUUUACAAUUUUCUAUUUUUCAUCAAUAUAAUAUGUAGUAAAUUUU